CUAGGAUAAAAAGAUAAAAAUAAAAAUUGGCAGAGGAAAUUGUGAGAAUGACAAAGAGUGGAGCUAAUAGCAUCACUAGAGAUGAUAGCCCUUGCUUCUACAGGAUUAUUUAUCAUCCUGAUCAAUUUGAAGAACUGAAAAUCCCAUCAGAAUUUGUGAAGCAUUUAACAGAAGAAGCAGCAAAAACAACACUGAUUAAAGGGCCUCGUGGCAAGUAUUGGAACGUGAAACUACGCAAAGACGAAGAUGGAAUUUUCUUUCAUGGUGGCUGGAAGAAAUUUCUAAUGGAGCAACAUUUGGAAGGAAGUGACUUUCUUCUUUUUCGCUAUGAUAGGAGGAUGACUUUUCAUGUACGCAUUUUCGAUAAGAAUGGAUUGGAGAAAUGAAUUCACUAUUGCUUGUUAUGUUUUCAUUGAAUUAAUAUAAACAUCAAGUGUACUUGUAAGCAAGUAUGGUCAUGGAAUGUCGAAGAAAGUUGUGGAUGCCAGUGUUUGCAGUUGUUUGAAAUAAUCAUUUU